UUUACCUGCAGUUGUUCACUUUUGUUGAAAGUGACCAUGUCUCAAGUUCAAGUGCAAGUUCAGAACCCAUCUGCUGCUCUCUCAGGGAGCCAAAUACUGAACAAGAACCAGUCUCUUCUCUCACAGCCUUUGAUGAGUAUUCCUUCUACUGCUAGCUCUCUGCCCUCUGAAAAUGCAGGUAGACCUAUUCAAAACUCUGCUUUACCCUCUGCAUCUAUUACAUCCACCAGUGCAGCUGCAGUUCCUUCUAACAUGGCACACCCCAAAGAGAAAACCCCAAUGUGUCUUGUGAAUGAGUUAGCCCGUUUCAACAAGAUUCAGCCUGAGUAUAAGCUUUUGCGUGAGCAAGGUCCAGCUCACUGUAAGGUGUUUACAGUACAGCUAACACUUGGAGAUCAGAACUGGGAAGCUGAAGGAACUAGUAUUAAAAAAGCCCAACACACAGCUGCUGCCAAAGCUUUGGAAGGAACAAAAUUUCCUAAACCUAUAGUCCGCCCUUUUCGUAGCGAAGGAAGGAAUCCAGAAAGCAUAACCCCUACUGUAGAGCUAAAUGCAUUGUGCAUGAAACUUGGAAAAAAACCAAUGUAUAAGCCUGUUGACCCUUAUUCCCGGAUGCAGUCCACCUAUAACUACAACAUGAGAGGAGGUGCUUAUCCGCCAAGGUACUUUUAUCCAUUUCCAGUACCACCAUUACUUUACCAAGUUGAACUUUCUGUGGGAGGACAGCAAUUUAAUGGGAAAGGAAAGACAAGACAAGCUGCAAAACACGAUGCUGCUGCAAAAGCUUUGAGGAUUCUGCAGAAUGAGCCCCCACCUGAGAGGCUAGAGGUGAAUGGAAGGGAGGCCGAAGAAGAAAAUCUGAAUAAAUCUGAAAUAAGUCAAGUAUUUGAGAUUGCACUUAAACGGAAUCUUCCUGUGAAUUUUGAGGUCGCCCGGGAGAGUGGUCCUGCCCACAUGAAGAGCUUUCUGACCCGGGUGUCGGUCGGGGAGUUUGUGGGAGAGGGGGAGGGCAAGAGCAAGAAGAUCUCCAAGAAGAAUGCUGCUAUUGCGGUUCUGGAAGAGUUGAAGAAGUUACCACCCCUGCCCACUGUGGAGCGAGUGAAGCCCAGAAUCAAAAAGAAAACCAAGUCCAUAGUCAGGAGCAGCCCUGAAUGUGGCCAGGGGAUGAAUCCCAUCAGCAGACUGGCCCAGAUCCAACAGGCCAAGAAGGAGAAGGAGCCUGAGUACACACUGCUCACAGAGCGUGGCCUGCCUCGCCGCAGGGAGUUUGUCAUGCAGGUGAAGGUUGGGAACCACAGUGCCGAGGGAACUGGCACGAAUAAGAAAGUGGCCAAACGCAAUGCAGCCGAAAACAUGCUGGAGAUCCUUGGUUUCAAAGUCCCGCAGGCUCAGCCAGCUAAGCCAGCCCUCAAAUCUGAGGAGAAGACACCAGUAAAGAAAUCAAGUGAUGGAAGAAAAGUAACCUUCUUUGAACCAGGCCUUGUGGAUGAAAAUGGGACUAGCACUAAAGAUGAUGAAUUUAGGAUGCCUUAUCUCAGUCAUCAGCAGCUGCCAGCUGGAAUUCUCCCCAUGGUGCCCGAAGUCGCCCAGGCUGUGGGUGUCAGUCAAGGACAUCACACCAAAGAUUUUAGUAGGGCUGCACCCAAUCCUGCCAAGGCCACGGUAACUGCCAUGAUAGCCCGAGAAUUGUUGUAUGGGGGCACCUCGCCCACCGCCGAGACUAUUUUAAAGAAUAACGUCUCUUCAGGCCAUGUGUCACAUGGACCUCUCACUAGACCCUCCGAGCAGUUGGACUAUCUCUCCAGAGUCCAGGGCUUCCAGGUUGAAUACAAAGACUUCCCAAAAAACAACAAGAACGAAUUUGUAUCUCUUAUAAAUUGCUCCUCUCAGCAGCCCCCUCUGAUCAGCCAUGGCAUCGGAAAGGAUGUGGAGUCCUGCCAUGAUAUGGCUGCCCUGAACAUCUUAAAGUUGCUGUCUGAGUUGGACCAACAAAGUACAGAGAUGCCAAGAACAGGAAAUGGACCAAUGUCUGUGUGUGGGAGGUGCUGAACCAAUUUUGGCGAUGAAGCAUUAUAAAAUCCCAAUCUAUAUACUGAAAAUACUGAAACUACUUUGAAAAUUUGGAAUUUCUGAUAGUUCCAGUGGACCGAGCCACCUUGGGGAAAGACCUGGAGACGGCAGUGCUCACAUGGCAGGUGCAGGAGGUGCAGCUGUGCUCACGUGGGUGGACUCUGGUUUGUCCGCACAGCAGCAGCUGCAGGGGAUGUGGACCUGUUCGGCUGUC